AUGACCUGUUCUUCUUCAUUAGCUCAACCUCCAAACCUAAAAUCCCUAAACCCCUUUUCCAAAACCCCAUUACUGAGCAGGCGAUUGGUCCUCUUCACGCUCCCUCUAGCUACUUUUCUGCUUCCAAGUAAAGGUAGUUGUGGUGACAUCAGCAGCAACAGUAUUGAUGUAAAUUCAACCCCUUCCGGUUCUUCUUCUGCUCUGUCAAACUUCGACCCGAUAAGCGCUGCAGAGAGAGACGCAAGUGAUGCGAUUUCUAGGAGAAUAUCUGAUGCCUUGGAGUUGUUGGAGAAAGGGAGGGAAUUGCAGGCUCUCGGUGAUUUUAACCAAGCUCUUGUCUGUUUUACUCAGGUGAUUGAGAAAUACAAUGACUUUGCAUUUUCAGACUAUGCAAGAGUAGGCAGAUCAUUGAUUUUGUACGAGGUGGGCAACAGAGAAGAAGCAAUUGCAGAAAUGGAGGAUGUUUCUAUAUCUUUGAAGGGAUAUCCAGAAGUGCAUGCAGCUCUAGCAGCAGCCUUGUAUGCGGACAAACAUGCCCCACUCCUCGCAGAAAACCAGUUCACAAUUGCAACUCUUCUUGAUCCUCACUAUACAGAUCUCUCAUAUGUAAAAAAAACAAAACAUUGGCCUCCAAGUUUGGUUAGUUCAUUGUAUCACUUCAUCACACUUUCCUAG